UUUCAGGUACAGAGCUGCCCAUAUAGGUGCCUAAUAAAUAGUGACUAUCUGUGGCAUCUACAGCAGCCCCUCUGCAUAACCUACAGCUUGCCAGCCAGAGCCGAACCAGUACUUUGUAGGGGGAGAGCAAUGAAGACACUAAUUUGUUUGAAUCCUUAUUUAGGAAACAGUUGCCUCUUGAAGACUAAAUCAUGGAUGAAGAACCAGAAAAGACAAAGCGCUGGGAAGGCGGCUAUGAAAGAACAUGGGAAGUUCUUAAAGAAGACGAAUCUGGAUCUCUGAAAUCCACAAUUGACGAAAUUCUUUUUAAAGAUAAAAGAAAAAGGAUCUUUGAAAAUCGUGGUCAAGUUCGACUUGGAAUGAUGCGGCAUCUUUAUGUGAUAGUCGACAGUUCAAGAACAAUGGAAGACCAAGAUCUGAAACCUAAUAGGCUCACAUGCACUUUAAAGCUUUUGGAAUAUUUUGUAGAAGAAUACUUCGAUCAAAAUCCUAUUAGUCAGAUUGGCCUAAUUGUUACUAGGAACAAGCGGGCAGAAAAGCUCACUGAACUUGCUGGCAAUCCUAGACAACAUUUGAAUGCUCUGAAGAAAGCCGUAGACAUGAACUGCAAUGGAGAGCCAUCGCUGUACAACUCACUGAAUCUUGCUCUGCAGACACUAAAACACAUGCCUGGACAUACCAGCCGUGAGAUCUUAGUGAUUUUUAGCAGCCUGACUACUUGUGACCCAACAAACAUCUAUGACAUUAUAAAGUGUUUGAAAGCUAGCAAAAUUCGAGUAUCUGUGAUAGGUCUGUCUGCUGAGGUCCGGGUCUGUACUGUACUCACGCGAGAAACUGGUGGAGUCUAUCAUGUCAUUCUGGAUGAAAGCCACUACAAGGAACUCCUGAUGCACCAUGUAAUCCCUCCACCAGCAAGCAGCACCUCUGAAUGUUCUCUUAUACGCAUGGGGUUUCCACAACAUACAAUGGGAUGUCUCUCAGAUCAAGAUGCAAAGCCAUCUUUUAGUAUGGCUCAUUUGGAUAAUACCAGUGAGCCAGGCCUGACAUUAGGUGGCUACUUCUGCCCUCAGUGUAGAGCAAAGUACUCAGAACUUCCUGUAGAAUGCAAAGUCUGCCGUCUCACGCUGGUAUCCGCUCCACAUUUAGCACGGUCGUACCACCAUUUGUUUCCCUUAGAUGCUUUUAAAGAAGUCAGUCUAGAAGAAUAUGAAGGAGAAAGGUAUUGCCGAGGGUGUGAUGGAGAGCUUAAAGAUCAGCAGGUUUACAUCUGCCCAGUCUGCCAGUGUGUCUUCUGUAUAGAAUGUGAUCUCUUUAUUCAUGAGUCCUUGCAUUGUUGUCCAGGCUGUAUACACCAGCAGCCCGCCCCAGUAUGAAGCCAUCCAUGUAGGGAAGGCUAUGGACUGCUGCCACACUAUCUAACAGGGAACUUGGAACAUAAAGUUAAAUGAAGACUUUCUACAAUUUUACAUAUAAUUGCUAUUUAAAAAUAGAAAUGGUUUUUUUUCUAUAUUGAGCCAAGCUCCUUGUUAGGAAUUAUUGCACAGCUUAGUUUCUGUACAGGUUCGGAAAUAGAUUCCAAAUUACAAUUCAAAUCAAAACAUUUUUGAACUCUCAUGCCUCAUAGUCCUGUUUAUUCUGUUUUAUGGUGGAUAGCAUUAAAUGCAUGGGAACUAUUAUUCAGCCUUGGGUUUGUUCUUUACCUGGGAAAUACGACUGUAAAGGUUCUGAUUCAUCCAGGUCAUGGUAUAUCUGUAGUAAUAACUAAAAUCAACUGGACUCGCAAGAAAAACACAGCAAGUCCAGUUGAUUUGACCUUUUACUACAGAUAUACCUGGGAAACAAAAAUUUCCAUUGCUAAAGGAGUUUUUAAACAUCUUUAUAUUUACAACAAACUGUAAAGGCUUUACUUAUGUUUACAUAUGUGCAUAUGGCCCAGUUGUACAUUGUUUAUUUGUUUGGAAAUUAUGUGCUAUUUUUACAUUUUAUAUAAUAAUAAGCUGUAUAACCAGAUUAAAUACACAAUGUAAAUAAAAUGAUUUUAAUAUUC